AUGUCAACUCAUGUUUACCAUCUAUAUGGUCAAGCGACAAGAGUAUCUAAUUUCCAUUGCGAGCAACCGGAUCUGACUGGCUCUGAUGAUCAAACUUUCAGGAGAUUAGUCGGUUGGGUCUCGACGCAUCUGGAGCUCUCUCCAUCUCCAACCUCUCUCAAGCUCGCUCUCCAUCUCUCUCAAACUCUCGACCCUCUCUCCAUCUCGCACGAUCUCGAGCUCUCCAUCUCCAACCUCUCUCAAGCUCGCUCUCCAUCUCCAACGCAUCUCAAGCUCACUCGAGCUCUCCAUCUCCAACGCAUCUCAAGCUCGCUCUCCACCUCUCGACCCUCUCUCCAUCAAGCUUCGUCUCGUCUCUCACACCAUCUCCAGAGCUCUCUCUCUCGAUCUCAAAUCCAGAUAUUUGAAACAAGAGCCUAUGCAUUCCUUCUCAAUGUUCUUGCACCCGAGCACUGUGAUCCAGCUACUCUAAACGCCGAGGAUGAUCUCGAAAGGGCUAACAUGGUCCUUGAACACGCAGAGAGAAUGAACUGCAAUCGGUACUUGACUAUGGAAGAGAUAGUUGAAGGGUCUUCGUAUUUGAAUCUCGCAUUUGUGGCACAGAUUUUUCACGAAAGGAAUGGCCUUAGCACUGAUGGCAGGUUCUCCUUUGCGGAGAUGAUGACUGAGGAUACACAGAGUUGCAGAGAUGAAAGAUGUUACCGGCUAUGGAUUAAUAGCCUGGGGAUUGAUAGUUAUGUCAAUAAUGUGUUUGAAGAUGUCAGAAACGGAUGGAUUCUUCUUGAAGUUCUUGACAAGGUCUAUCCAGGCUCAGUUAACUGGAAGCAUGCUUCAAAACCACCAAUUAAGAUGCCGUUUAAGAAAGUAGAGAACUGCAAUCAAGUUGUGAGGAUUGGGAAAGAGAUGAGAUUGAAUGCUACAUACAUCGUCAGUGUAGCAAGAAAGCUCGGUUGCUCUGUUUUCUUGUUACCAGAAGAUAUCGUGGACGUAAAUCAAAAGAUGAUGUUGAUCUUAACGGCAAGUAUAAUGUAUUGGAGUCUUCAGCAAAAGUCAUCAUCGUCAGAGAGUUCAAGUUCUGAUACAUCAUCGACGCAUAGCACAACCACGACGUGCACGAGCACUGAUGCUUCACCAGCUCCAUCUGUCACUGGGGAAGACGAUGUCUCUUCCUUAAACGAAGAAGUGUCGAGUCUAACCAUCGAAGAAGACAAUGACGCAGACAUCUUGUCUGAUGUCACCUCCGUCUCAGAGGAAGCAGCCAUUGAAUAGAACCACAAGACAUAUAUCUUGUGCUGGAACAGAGUUGUUUUGUCAUUAUUUCACAUCUCUCUGUCUGUGUCAUUAUAAAAAUUAUAUUUGUUACCAUUAUGAAAAAAGGAUCACAUCUUGUGAAAAUAUAAUUGCGCUGA